UGACCACAUGAGGAUGCAAUAUUCCCCUUUUCCCACGGGUGUGGCAACAAGGUACUAUCCUGAAAGCUGUGAAAGGCUCUCACUGUACAACUGAACCUGCUUUUGGCUUGAUGUUGAACUCCCAGCCUCCAGAAAUCCGUGCUAUCAAGACUAAUCAGGACCUUCUCCCAGAAACUCCAUGGACACACAUUUUCUACAAUGAUUUUUGGGGGACUCUGCUCACCCACAGUGGUAGCCACAAGUCCUACCGGCCUCUCUGUACCCUCUCCUUUCGCCUGAACCAUGCCAUUGGAGGGUUGAACCCCUGGAGCUACCAUCUUGUCAACGUCCUGUUGCAUGCGGCAGUCACUGGUCUCUUCACGAGCUUCUCCAAGAUCCUCCUUGGUGAUGGCUACUGGACCUUCAUGGCUGGCUUGAUGUUUGCCUCCCACCCCAUUCACACAGAGGCGGUGGCAGGAAUCGUGGGACGGGCUGAUGUCGGCGCCAGUCUCUUCUUUCUUCUGUCCUUGCUCUGCUACGUUAAACACUGUGCUACCAGAGGCUACUCGGCCAGGACUUGGGGCUGGUUCCUGGGGACGGGACUGUGCGCAGGAUGCAGCAUGUUGUGGAAGGAACAAGGAGUGACUGUUCUCGCCGUUUCAGCCGUUUAUGAUGUCUUUGUCUUUCACAGGCUGAAAAUGAAACACAUAUUACCUACCAUUUACAAAAGGAAGAACGUGUCUCUGUUCCUCAGCAUUAGUUUGUUAUCUUUCUGGGGGACCUCUCUUUUGGGUGCCCGCCUAUAUUGGAUGGGGAACAAGCCGCCAAGCUUUUCCAACUCGGACAACCCGGCUGCUGAUUCAGAUAGCCUCUUGGCUCGCACGCUCACCUUCUUUUACUUGCCAACCAAGAACCUCUGGUUGUUGCUAUGCCCGGAUACCCUCAGUUUUGACUGGUCCAUGGAUGCCGUGCCUCUGCUCAAAACAGUUUGUGAUUGGAGAAACCUACACACUGUGGCCUUCUAUACUGGACUCCUCCUCCUUGCUUUCCAUGGUUUGAAGAGCCCAAGCAUAGAAAGAGAAUGCAAUGGGAAAGCUGUAACAAAUGGCAAGCAGAAUGCAAAUGGCCAUAGCUGCCAUUCAGAUGUGGAGUACCGGAACUCAGAGAUUAAGCCCAACUUCGCAUCCAAAGUAGAAAAUGGCAUUAACAAUAAUGCAGUGCAGAGGACACAACUUCCUUCUACAGAGAACAUUGUCGUUCUGUCUUUAUCUUUGUUAAUAAUACCCUUUGUUCCUGCCACGAACCUCUUUUUCUAUGUUGGCUUUGUCAUUGCAGAGCGAGUAUUAUAUAUUCCAAGUAUGGGCUUCUGCCUCCUGAUUACAGUGGGUGCCAGAGCCCUUUAUAUCAAAGUUCAAAAGCGAUUUCUCAAGAGCUUGAUUUUUUAUGCGACAGCUACAUUAAUUGUUUUCUAUGGACUCAAGACUGCCAUCAGGAAUGGAGACUGGCAGAAUGAAGAAAUGCUGUAUAGGUCAGGGAUAAAAGUAAAUCCAGCUAAAGCAUGGGGUAACCUUGGAAAUGUUCUGAAGAGUCAGAGCAAAAUUUCUGAAGCUGAAAGCGCCUAUAGAAAUGCUUUGUACUACCGCAGCAACAUGGCUGACAUGCUUUAUAAUUUAGGGUUACUUCUACAGGAGAACAGCAGGUUUACAGAAGCACUACAUUAUUAUAAAUUGGCCAUUGGGAGCAGGCCUACCCUGGCUUCUGCAUAUUUAAAUACUGGUAUUAUUCUAAUGAACCAAGGGAAGACAGAGGAAGCCCGGCGAACAUUCCUAAAGUGUUCUGAGAUCCCGGACGAAAACCUGAAGGACCCUCAUGCACACAAGAGCUCUGUUACCAGCUGUCUGUACAACCUGGGGAAACUCUAUCAUGAACAGGGACACUAUGAGGAUGCUCUUGGUGUAUACAAGGAAGCAAUUCAGAAAAUGCCAAGGCAGUUUGCCCCACAGAGCUUGUACAACAUGAUGGGUGAAGCUUAUAUGCGAUUAAGCAAACUCCCCGAAGCAGAGCAUUGGUAUAUGGAAUCACUGAGAUCCAAGACUGACCACAUCCCUGCUCAUCUCACCUAUGGGAAAUUGCUAGCACUGACAGGUCGUAAGAUUGAGGCUGAAAAGUUCUUCUUGAAGGCUAUUGAGCUGGACCCCACCAAAGGAAACUGUUACAUGCAUUAUGGUCAGUUUCUUUUGGAAGAAGCUCGCCUUAUAGAAGCAGCGGAGAUGGCAAAGAAAGCGGCUGAGCUAGACAGCACGGAAUUCGACGUUGUUUUCAAUGCUGCCCAUAUGCUCAGACAGGCUAGCCUCAAUGAAGCAGCGGAGAAGUAUUAUGAUCUGGCAGCCAGGCUGCGGCCUAAUUAUCCAGCUGCUCUGAUGAAUUUGGGUGCCAUUCUGCACCUCAACGGCAAACUCCAGAAGGCGGAAGCCAACUACCUGCGGGCUCUGCAGCUCAAGCCGGAUGAUGUCAUCACACAGUCCAAUCUCCGCAAGUUGUGGAACAUCAUGGAAAAACAAGGUCUAAAGACUUCCAAGACCUGACAGAGGAGGGACAGAAACUCCUCCCGUUUUCAAAGCUGGCUUCGUUAACAAAACUUCCCAGCAGUGCUAUGACGAGAGCUCAGUUUGGACUAGAAGACUAGGGCAGAGGUCAUUGAGAUCACUGCUGCUUCUGGGAGCAUCCACUUUGCUGUUGGCACAGCCAUUAACACCAAAAAGGGGAACAUCGGAGACCUCCUGGAAGAUGCAAUUAUUACCCACAAACUGUAAACCAGAGCACUUAAAACAGGAUCUUUUGGCAUUCUCAAAAGGGGGUGGGGAUAACUAAGUUACUGAUCUAGUUCAUUUGGGAAAGCUAAUUUCAACACUAUAUUGUUCCUUAAACACUGUGAGAAGUCAGAGUGUCCAUUCAGCCAAGGUGAAGUAUUAAAAGAGGGUGAUUAAAGCGUAGUGUGAAUUGCAGUGAGCCACCAGAUGGUUUGUCCUAAGGCUGCUGUCUUUCCUCCUUGGGACAGCCUACUUGUCAAUUCCGAUGCAUAGGCUAUUUUCUUUUUUUGAUACAGCGUCAAUUAUCUGUCAGAAUCUGCAGUGGUUUCUUGACGAGUGCACAUAACAUUUUGAUUCGGAUGUUGCAGAUGCCACUCUUACGAACAUCACUUGCUUUUUUAUGUUCUGAAGAGGAUCAGAAGUUAGAGCUAACUACCCCUCACACUGAGGUUGGAAGAGGGGCUGAGAAGGCCUUACAAUGUCAAGAAGGCAUUCUUUAUUUUCAUGUUAUCAAUAUUUUCCCCCAAACUGCCUAGUAUAGGAUUCAUGGUAUUAAUUUUUCUGAAAUUGUCUUCUAGAAUACACCUUUGCCUUGUAGUCAAAGGCGUAUUCUUCCAUAAGGAUAAAGGAAAGAGGAGUUUAUAAAUGUUCCAUGUUCAGUAACUAACCCACAGGUAUUAGACAAAGGAGAAGAUGCUUUGGUGCUUUCCAAAUGUUGCUGAUUAAAAAAAAGUUAAGUGUAUGCGAAGGAGCGUUGAUGAUAGUUGCCGACAAUGUCAUGUUUUGGAAAGUGGUGGGAUGAAAUGCUAAUCACUUUCGAAUAGGUACCCUAAAUAGCAAUGCUGGUAUACUUUCAAGAAAUCAUUUUUAUCUUAUUUUGCUCUUCCCAAAAGACAUAAAAAAUGACAUAUGUUAAAGCUGCAAUAGAGUCGAGCAUUAGCCUGCGUGUGUCUAGGUCUUCUGCCAAGUGCUUUCCUCAGUUGAAAACUAUUUUUCGAUAGUAAAAUUUGGUAUUUUAUUUCAUUACCUGUUAGUAACCACUUCAAUGAUCAUUUCACAAGUAAAAGACUAUAAAUAAAGUAGAGAAAAAACAUUUAUUGAACAUUUUUUUUUUUGCCUGGCAGUCAAACGUUAGUACUAAAAAUUAACUCCAUAAAACAGCAGUCCAUUAUCAACUUCUUCAUAGAGAAAGUAGCUAUACUAUGCCUUAUAUAUUUAUUUAUUUAUUAUUCUACCAUAGCAGAAUAACAAAACAAAACUUGAUGUAUUACACCAGUUCUUUGCAACUGAAAAUUAGCUUUUUCUCCUUUCCUUUCGCACUCCAUGUACAUAUGAUAAGUGUCCACAUUAAAGGGAAGCUGGACAUGCAGACACAUCGUAUUAUGUUUUCUCUUCAUAUUUUAUGUUUUGCUACUUAUCUGAGUAUAGUGGGUUGAAGUAUUUGCAGUAGUGUUCCUACAGCGUUAGUGAUUAUGUGAGAAGGAAAAAUGUAGUGAGAGAGAUUUUUUGAUGGCAUUAGGAAGGCCCUCCUAUAAGAUGUGUGUUAUUUUACCAACAUUUCAUUGACGGGCCAGAAGUUAAAUUAUAACUCAAUCAGUGUGUUUUCAGAAUGAUAUUUAACAUCUAACAACCACGUAUGGUCAAACCAAAAUAGUGGGUUGAAGUAUAUUUUUCAUUUAGAGCAUUGGCAAUUGCAAAAAAGAAAACAAAGAAUUUAAUAUAAAGUUAUAGAGAUGAGUUCAGUGUCUAACAUUUUUAUUUAUUUAAAUAGUUAUUGACCUAGGAUGGCUUCCUAGUCUUAGCAUUGUAUGUCUUUUUCAUUGUUUUCACUCUUCCUUUCAAAGACUUGGUUCUUAACAGAUUCACAAAUGCACAGUAGAGGCACUUCAGGUUGACCCAGUUCCCAAGUAGCAUUAAUAAUUGGGCCUGUGUCAUAAAAUGCAUGGAUCUUUAAUAACAAAAUGUCCCUGACACUUUUCACUACAGGGCUGGACUUAGUAACUGACCACUUGGCGGGAGGGUUGGGGGAAUUAUUAGAACGUGAUCAAAAAAUGUCUCCGCUCAGGGAUUUAUGGUGGAUUAUCACAGACAGUGCUAAAAAUAUAGAGCACAAGACAAGUUUACUAAAUUAAAUUUUAUUUUUUGAAAAACUGUUAUUUGUAUAAAUUAUCAAGAUUUGUAGGCUUUCCUUUUGUAGAAAUAAUUGUUUUAUGUGCCAGAGAAUUUCAAUUUUGUUUUCAACAAUAAAGC